AUGUGCGAAAGGCUGUACAGGAAGAUAAAGGACUCGGAGUGUGGAUCUAAUUUGUAUAUCACCAAUAAUAAGGUCUUGUUCGAUAGUGUAUACAAGUUAAUAAAGGAAGGGGUUCCAAUGCCUUGUGGAUAUUAUGUGAAUGAAAAAAUUGUUAACAGAGAGACAGAUAGAUAUGUAUUAACUAAGUAUAUUUACGACGUGGAUGAUAUAAUAUAUAAAGUGGAAGCACAUUCGAAGGUAAACUUAGAGAAAACUACAAAUUUAAGAGUAAAAUGUCUAGAACAGUCAUACUUAAAGGAUAACGAAGUAGAGGAUUUAUAUAAAUAUGAUACAUAUAAUCAACUAGAUUCAAUACAGAUUUAUGUGUCUCAUAAUAAUUUUUCAUAUAUAUGGAAUGAAUAUACUAUGCAAUAUUUUCUUAGUUGUUAUCAUGAUGAACAUAAUUUAAAAAUACAUACCCAUAUUUUAGAAAAAGAACAAUAUGGAUAUGAUCUACAAAUAGAAUUAUAUGAAAUACCAAAUGAUCCAAUUAAAGCUUUUUUAGUAGCUAGCCAUUUAUCGAAAAUUAGAGAAGCAUUACAAUGUAGUCCUCUUAUGCAUUUUUUUUUAACACGAACUAAUACGUCUGAAAAUGCAUUUGAAAAAAUUAUUAUAAGAAAGAAUGAAAUCAUUUAUCUUUUUAAAAACUGUGGUCAUAUACUAGUUAUUAUAUCUAUACAUUAUGAACAUACAUAUGAUAAAUGUAUAGUCCUUGGUUUAUGUAAAAAUAUACAUAUUACAACUAAGACUAUGGAUUUAUGCGAAAAUUUGGAUUGCUCCUUUUAUACUGAUUUCCCAUCGCAUCUUAUCACCUCCGAAUUGUUUGUAUAUAGUAAUGAUAAUGAUAAAGAUAACAACUCUGAUAUGCAUAAUUAUGGUGUAGAACGAGAAAAUCAGAUGAUAUACUCAAUAUGGACAGGGAAAAAAGAAAAGCAUAAUCAGAUAAACACAUACAAGGAUGUAUACCAAGGGGAGCAUACCACUACAGACACCAAUGCACACUAUAUAGAAAAAAAUUUAAAUGAUGAAAAAGAAGACAAAGGAAAAAGCAAACAAGCAAAUUCCAACGAAAAUGUAAAAGCAGAAAGUAAUAAUAAAUUGAAAAUCCCAAAUGUUGGGUUUAUAUCACUCAAGAUGGAUGCAAAAUUAUUUACCAGUUGUAAAGAUUUCUCAGAAUUAAUACAGUUAUCAAGUCGGAUAAGUCAUAUUGUUGUUUCGUUUCGUGAAUAUUUGAACAACUCGUUGGUUUUGUACAGGAUCAAGCGGAGAAGAGCUUUCUGA